GUCAGCACCACCAAUGGGGCCAUUAAAAGUCCAGUUGGCAGUGCUGCGGGUGUAAGUCAGGCUAGUCCCUACCUGUCCUGGCACUGCGCUGCACCCCAGAAGCGGCCAGCAGUGUCCUGCACCAGACACUGCCUCUACCCCGAGCACCGGUUCCACACUCCCAUUGGCCGGGAACCGCAGCCAUUGGGAGCUGGGAGGUGGUGCCUGUGGGUGAGAGAAGCACGUGGCGCUUCCAGGCCCCUACCUCCCCCUGCCUAGGAGCUGGACCUGUUGGCCACUUCCAGGGCACAGCACGGAGCCAGGACAGUCAGGGAGCCUGCCUUAGCCCCACUUACUGGGAGCCGUCUGAGAACAAGGAAAUAGAAGAAAGAAGAAAGCAAAAUCACAAGCUGCUGCUGUGAGCUUUCAUCCCCUUCCUUCCCUUCCCUGCAUCGAAACGACAGAGUUGUGCUGUGCAGAUCCUUCCAGUGCUGUGCUGCUCCAGCCCUGCUCCCUGGGAAAUAGAACAAGGGAAGGAGGGAGAGGAGGAGGCAGCUGAGCCCAGCAGCAGCGAGAAUGUGAAGCUUGAAGAAGCUUCUGGCCACUUUGCUCAGGAAGAAGGAUGGAGCUUCCCAAAGCUUUCAGGUGCCUGACCCUGCUGCUGAGUUUGUUACCCUGCCUCAGAUGUGUGGAGGAUCUCCUGAGAUUGCAGCCCAGCCAAAACCAUUUGCAGAGUGCAGGGUCCGGCUUGUGUGGCGUUGGGCCCCUCGGGUAUUACAAUGGUUCGUUAGCUGUCACUGAGUCUGGAUCAGAGUGUUUGAACUGGGCAGAGUUCCCUGAUUAUGUCCAGCAGUACCCAGACCAGGGCUUAGGGAACCACAACUACUGCAGAAAUCCAGACAGGGGAGCCACGCCUUGGUGCUUCUACCGGCUUGCUUCUGGAGCGAUUGGCUGGGCCAGCUGUGACUGUAACCAGGGUGCUGUGCGGCUGUCUGAGGGCGGCAGGGUGGAGCUGUACUUCAGUGGACUCUGGGGCACCAUCUGUGCUGACCGUUGGACAGACUGGGAUGCCAGUGUGGUCUGCAGGCAGCUGGGAGUCAGUGAGAUAGGCACAGCUAGGAAGAACAGCCAUGCUGCCUUGGGGACGGUUCCACUCCAUCUGCGGUCAGCAAACUGCCAUGGGGAUGAGAAGGCCCUGCUGCAGUGUGGCUACCGGGAGGCUGCAUCCGGAGCCUGUAACCAGGGAAUCGCAGCAGCAGAGUGUGUUCCUCCUGCAGGUGCUGGGGCCCCGCUGCGGCUGGUUGGGGGAAAGGAGAGCUUCGAGGGGCGAGUGGAGGUCUACCACGACGGCAAGUGGGGCACCAUCUGUGAUGACCAAUGGGACGACCGGGAUGCCGAGGUGGUUUGCAGGCAACUGGGGUUCAAUGGGACUGCAAAGGCCUUGUCGUGGGCUCACUACGGGCAGGGCUCUGGCCCAAUCCUGCUGGAUGAAGUGGAGUGCUCAGGAAACGAGCUGUCACUGGACCAGUGCAAGAAGAAUAACUGGGGACAGCAAAACUGUGAUCACAUUGAGGAUGCGGGAGUGUCCUGUGACCCCUUCACAGAGGGCAUGGUCAGGCUGGCAGGAGGCCGCACCCCCAGCGAAGGGAGGGUAGAGGUUUAUUACAGGGGAGACUGGGGCACGGUGUGUGAUGACGGCUGGACGGCUCUCAGUGCCCAGGUGGUCUGCAGGCAGCUGGGCUUCAGUGGCCCUGCCAGCCUGGCAUCUGAGGGGGAGUACACACCCGGCCAAGGCUUUAUCCUUCUGGACAACGUGGCUUGUACAGGCACAGAGUUUUCUUUCCUGGACUGUCCCCACAGCAACUGGGGGCAGCAUGACUGCUCGCAUGCCGAAGAUGUAGGGGUCCGAUGCUCCCCUGAAACCAACAAGAUCAUCGAAGACACUGCUGGGCCCCCUGUGCGGCUGACAGAUGGAGAGAGCACCAAGGAGGGGCGGGUAGAGGUGUUCCUGAAUGGGCAGUGGGGCAGUGUCUGUGAUGAUGGCUGGACAGACAAGGAUGCAGCUGUGGUUUGCAGGCAGCUGGGUUACAGUGGUGCAGCAAAAGCCAGGACGAUGGCGUAUUUUGGGGAGGGGCACGGCCCCAUCCAUCUAGACAACGUGGAGUGCCGUGGCACAGAGCGCACACUGGGGGAAUGCGUCAAACCCGACAAUGGGAUUCACAACUGCUGGCACAAUGAAGAUGCUGGUGUGAUCUGCGACUAUAUGGAAGAGAAGGCCCAGGACACCAGAAACGCAGGCUCAGCAUCUGGCAUGUGUGGGAUGCGCUUGCUUCACCGUCGCAAGAAAAGGAUAAUUGGUGGAAACAAGUCCCUCAGAGGUGGUUGGCCAUGGCAGGCCUCACUACGGCUAAAGGGGUUUCACAGAGACACUCGUCUGCUGUGUGGUGCCACGCUGAUCCACAGCUGCUGGGUCGUGACUGCAGCGCACUGCUUCAAAAGGUUUGGCACUGAUGUGCGCCGCUACCUGCUGCGGGUAGGCGAUUACCAUGCAGGCGUGAGGGAGGCGUUUGAGAGGGAGAUGCCCAUCGAGAGGAUCAUCCUUCACAGGAACUACCAGUCCAGCAGCAAUGACAAUGAUAUCGCCCUGGUCAGGAUGCGGGGCAGAGGUAGCCACUGCCUCUCCUUCAAUCGCCACGUUCUGCCCGUCUGCCUCCCUGACAGGAAGGAGAAGGCUUCCAUUAACAGGCAGGCCUGCAUUAUCUCCGGCUGGGGAGACACAGGGAAGUCCUAUUCAAGAACAUUGCUCCAGGGUGUGGUGCCCCUUCUCCCAAGAGAAGAUUGUGAGGCUCGUUAUGGGAACAAGUUUACUAACCGCAUGAUCUGUGCAGGAAACCUCUCUGAAGAUAAGCGGGUGGAUAGCUGCCAGGGUGACAGUGGUGGGCCACUCCAGUGUCAGAGGUCAACUGGACACUGGGUCAUUCUGGGGAUCAUUUCCUGGGGUUAUGGGUGUGGCCGGAAGGACUCCCCUGGAGUUUACACUAAGGUCAGCAAAUUUGUGCCCUGGAUAAAGAAAGUGACCAAGCUAUAAUGCAAGUCCCUGAGCUCUGAGAUCUUCAGCAUUUAAUCCCUUUUGCCCCUACAGAAUUAAAACUUUGGCCCACACUUGGGAAAUGUAGCUUCCUUCUACCUCCAUGGGGGGCUGCUGCUUCUGUGUGUACCUGACAGAGACUUGUUUUGACCUUGAAC